UGUGGAAAAGAAGCCCCUGGACAUCUGGAGCGAGAGUGCAGAACCAGGCAGAUGAAGCGACACAUAUCCGCACCACCUGAAGAACCUGCGCAACGCAUGGGGGUGGUCGUCGACAACAUGUUUCUCGAAGGAAUCAUCAAUGAGGCGAAGGAGAGGAAGGAAAGAGAGAGGCAGACGAAAGCAGUACCCAUCCCUCCACCGCGCAGCGCCAACCCCAAACCCCAGGCCAGUCCCAUCGUGGGAUCCUCACAUCCCGGCCCCAAUACACCCAUCGUCUUUCACAAGGUCGACCCCGAUUGGACACCCGACACUACUCAAUGGACGUGGGACAGCUCCUGGCCGCAUCAGGAGCACCUCUCUGGCGAAGAAUGGAAGAAUGUGGGGAGGAAUGCACGCAACGAGUGGUUCGAUGAACAAGAGGACGACGGCGUAGACUGGGAGUUGUAUGGAGAUGCCGGUACUUGUAUAAGUAGUUGUACCAUCAGUCAGUCGAACCCUAUGUUCGACCUAGUUAUUCAUUCAAGUCUCUGCUCCUCUUCGCUUGGGGUAGUGGUCAUUCUCGACUUCCUUGCUCGAUCUUCAGGACGACGUACUGUCCAUAAGUCCUCGCUCAUCAUCUACGAGUCAGGCAUCGAUAUAGGAGUCUAG